AUGGGAGGCGAAGACGGCGAGCGAGCGCCUAAUAAGAACGAGGUGAAUCCUCUCAAGUACAUUGAGCAGCGAGUGGCCUCUGCGUUCCCCCAAUUGGUCGGACCCAAGUUCACCGCCAAAUACGCCACGGAACCCAACGAAAUUUGCGUCAGAGAGUUCCUUGAGAACGAAGAUGUGACGAUGCUUAUCUUCUCUGGAGACAACGUCAUCGCCUCCAUCAAGAUGCCAGGCACUUUGCCUCGAGGCAAGACUGUGUGCUUCACCAAGUUUCACAAGACCGUCAUCACGUCCAAGAACGUCCUGAACGACAUCAUGGUGAACGAGUUGACUCCCAGUAGUGUCGAGUAUCUGGAGCGGAUGGUGUCGGAGAUUUAUCUGCCCUUAUUCUCCAAUGUCGCUAAUCAAGAAGGUUGGGGAGAAGUCGCCUCUAAAGAAGUGGUGGACAAGUUCCAUUCGUAUAUGGCUUCAGUAUCGAUCAUCAGUGGAGCCACAAAGGGCGAGACGUGUCUGCCCCUGCCUCCGAUCGACGGCAACGCUACCAAUCUGAGCAAUAAAGUGUCCUUACUCGAAGGUUCCAUCGUCAUCUGGACCAAACAGAUCAAAAACGUACUCAAGCAAGACCCCGAGGAUCUACUAAAGCAGGGACUUCACCCAACGCCCGACGCCGAGAUCGAGUUCUGGAAGCUCAAAGCUGCUAAUUUGAACUCCAUCUUCGACCAGCUUCAGUCCAAGAAAGUGCGCAAGAUCCUCACGGCUUUGGAUCGAUCUAAAAGCACCUAUUGUACCACAUUUGCUCGGCUGUGUAAGGAGGUUUUUACGGCGCGUAUCGAGGCCAAUGACAACAUGAAGUAUCUGCGUACGCUGGAGGAAUGGUUCAUCCGACUCAACAACGACGAGGACUUCCCCGCACUUACGGAGCUCUUCAAGCCGAUGCUGCAUAUCAUCCUCUUAAUAUGGAAGAACUCCAAGCACUACAACACGCCAGCUCGUCUCGUAGUGCUCAUGCGUGAGAUCUGCAACUCACUCAUUAACCAAGCACGAAAAUAUCUAAGCGGUGAGUUGAUUUUUGCUCUUAUUGACCAAGAUGAAGCCGGUCAAGCUGUAGAGCAACUCAAGACCACUCUACAAGUGUGUUCGGCCUUUAAGAGCACUUAUUUCGACUACAAGGCCACAGCCAAUGCGGAAUGCCCCUCCAACCCAUGGCGCAUCCAGGGCAACGCGCUCUUCGUGCGCCUCGAUAGCUUCCUCGAGCGCUGCCACGACAUCCUCGAUCUCACUCAGACCAUCGUCCAGUUCAGUAAACUGUCCAAGAUCGAAGUGGGCGGCACGAAGGGCAAAACUCUGACGCUGAGUGUCCAACAGAUCCAUGCAGACUUCACAGAGGCUGUCAAUACGUUUAAGGGCGUAUCUCUGGACAUUAUGGACGUGGGUGCGUCCAAAUUCGACGACAAUUUCUACGACUUCCGCUGCAAGAUCAAGGAACUGGAACGACGUCUAGGAUCUGUACUCACGCAGGGCUUUGACGACUGCUCCACCAUCUUCGGCCGCUUCAAGUUGCUCGAUUCAUUCGAGGGUCUUCUCAAUCGCCCGAUCAUCCAGGACGAACUGGAGAAGAAGCAUGUAGCGCUCGUACAGAGCUAUGGCCACGACUUGAAGCUGGUUCAGGAAUUGUUCUUACACUGUCGUGACGCCCCUCCUAUCAGCUGGAACUUGCCUCCGGUGGCUGGUGCUCUCACGUGGUGUCGAGGACUAGUGGAGCGUAUUGAACAUCCCAUGAAGAAGCUGCGAGAACUCAACCAAAACGUCAUGGAGCGUGAAGAAGCCAAAGAAGUCUACAAAGUAUACGGUACUAUCAUGGCCUCUCUACAGGAAUAUGAGAACCAGAAGGUGGAGGAGUGGAGUCGUGACGUCGAAGCGUCUUCGCAGGCCAAACUCAAGUUGCCACUGCUGCUGCGUCAUCCCCAGACGCGCUGUCUUCGUGUGAACUUCGAUCCAGCACUGGAGAAACUGCUACGAGAGAUCAAAUACCUUCGACUGCUUAACAUUGAGGUGCCUCAGUCAGCUCUGCAGAUUUCUGCUAAAGAAGAGACCUUCCGGAAGUAUCGAGGCGAGCUUAUGUACAUUGUGGAGCCGUACAACGCCAUGAUCGAAGGCAUUCAUCCGUUAGAAGAGCCUCUGGUACGUCGACAUAUCCAGAACAUCGACGCUUGUGCUGGACGAGGCAUCGAAGAACUGAACUGGAAGAGCUCAGGGAUUGACACGUUCAUUGACGAGUGUCGGAAGGCGGUGGAAGGCGCCAACGAGAUCGUGACCAACCUCAAGGACAAUCUCAACACGAUCCAAGACACGCUCAAUGCGUGGAAUUUGCCGCUAUUGGAGCGUCAGGCGAAACCUGUGGCAGUGAGUGAACAUGAACGUCAACACAAGAGUUACAUCGUACAACGGACACUCAAGAUCAGAGAGGGAGCGGCAGAAAUCCAUCGACGGUUAAAGCAAUCGAACACGGGGAUCGUUGGAGUCAACAGCGCACAAUGGAAGGCUUAUGUCGACUACGUUAAUAACAUCGUUGUCAACGGGGUGGCACGUGUUAUUUGCUCUUCGCUGGAGUUUCUAGCCAAGCAACUGGACCCAACGGGAGGCAAAGACGGAGAACGAGAAGCCCCACCUCGAGAGGGAGCACCAAAAUCCACUAAAGACCAUCAGAACCGCUUGCCAAUGCUGGAGAUCAAGCUGGAUCUCAUCGCCAACCGUGUUCAGUUCAACCCAACUAUCGGCGAGAAUCACGGCAAAGGACUGAGCGACACGAUUCAGCUGUGGAUCAACUCGUUCUUCAAUGUCGCGACUGCUGUUAAACGUCUGGACUCGGACGGAGGAGGCUCGUACCUUAAGGAAAUGCACUCAGACAUGACGAUCUCCAUGAUGUUGGCAACGAUUAGCGAGUACGAAGAAGAGAACGAGGCGAUGCUGACGGCUUUCAAGCGCAAGUAUGACGGCUACGGGUAUCUGUGGGAGUCCGAUAUGGCUGCUCACUUCCAGACUUUCCUGGCUACUGCAACGGUGCCAGGUGCCAAUGGUGCUGCAGAUAUGCUGGACUUGGAGAAGUUUAACGUCGAGAUCACGAAAUACGAGCAAGUGGCGAGUGAGAUCGAGAACUUGACGACUCCUACAGACAUUGGAUGGCUGCGAGUCAACUCUCAGCCGAUCAAGACAGCCAUGUUGACGUGGGUGAGCAAGUGGGUCUACCAGUACACGACGUAUCUGCAUCAACACGUGGUCAACAAGCUCUCAGGACUCCACGACUUUAUGGAGACGGUCAUUAAAGGUCUAGAGGAGCAAGUGGCGGACAAGAACAAGGACGCGUUGAAGCGAGUUAUGACUCAUAUUCGCGAUGUUCGCAAGCAGAUGGACGCUACGAACGAACUCUUUGACCCCUUACGAGAAGCUGUUCACCUACUCAAGCUACACGGUAUCAACGUAGAGGACACGAAGAUUGGAGAUCAUGCAGUGCAAGACUACUUGGAAGCAGCUCCAAUGCAGUGGGAAGCGAUCGUCAACAAGACAUUCAAGAAGAAAGAGGAGAUCAUGCCGCUGCAGAUGGCGGAGGUCGAGUCGAUCAAGGAAGAGCUCGAAUCUUUCUUCCUGGACAUGCGCAAGUUCCGGAACGAGUUCCGAACGACUGCACCGUUCAGUUUCCAAGGCACACCGAAUGACGCGUAUGCUCAGAUGAACAACUUCGCUUCAGCUCUACACAAGAAGAUGCAACAGGCUCGGGAGUUUAAUGAAAUGGAAGAACUGUUUGAGCUCCAAGUGUCCAAGUAUCAGGAGACGACGGACACUUUGUAUGAGUUACAACAGCUGAAGAAGUGCUGGGACUUAAAGGAUCUCGUGCUAGCCACGUUCGAUGACUGGAAGAGUACUCUAUGGGCUAACAUUCAGACGGAUACCUUUGAAGGAUACGCUCGUGCGUUCAUGAAGCAGCUCAAGAUGGAAGCUACGGAGCACCAGAUCAUCAAAGGCUGGCAGGUAUACAAGGACACUGAGCAGCUUGUGAAGAACAUGUCGACUGUACUCCCGUUGAUCAAUGAUCUCCACUCAGAAGCCAUGCAAGAUCGCCACUGGAAGGCUCUGUCUGCUAUCUGCCACGUGAAGGCCAUAGAGCCAAAAGAUCCCAAAUUCUGCUUCGCUGAUCUUUUGAAACUCAAUCUGCAUUUACACGUAGAUGACGUUGGUGAGAUCGUGGAGACUGCUAAUAAGGAGCAGAAGAUCGAGAAGAAACUCAAGAUGAUCGAGGAAUUGUGGCAACGACUCACACUCGAGUACGUACCGCACAAAGAUUCAGGCACGUUCGUUGUCAAGCCGUCGGAGGAAGUUGUGGAGUCACUCGAGAGCAACCAACUGGAGCUGCAGACAAUGAUCGGUAUGGGUAAGUUCGUCGAAUUCUUUAAAGACCGCGUACUGGCUUCACAGAAAACUUUAGGCCACGUUGAAGAAGUGCUGAAGGAGUGGGUGUCAGUGUCCAAGCAGUGGGCUUCGCUCGAGAGUAUCUUCUUGAGUUCACCGGAUAUCCGUAACCAGCUACCCGAUGAUACGCGUACAUUUGAGUCCAUCGACUCGAAUUUCAAGGAUCUGAUGAAAAACGCAGUGAUGGAACCCAACGUGGUGCUGGCUUGUUCAGUGGAUAGUCGACUAGAAGCGCUUAAGGAGAUGACGGCGAUGCUGGAGAAGUGUCAGAAGUCGCUGAACGAGUAUCUGGACAAGAAGAAGAAGAUCUUCCCUCGAUUCUACUUCGUCUCGAACGUGGCGUUGCUGGAGAUCCUGUCGAACGGCAAUAACCCCAAGAAGAUCAUGCCGUUCUUAGGAGAUUGCUAUGAUUCCCUGUGUAACCUCAUCUUUGAAGAUGACUCGCCCAACACAGCACACACGAUGGUGGCUAAAGACGGCGAGUCGGUCAAGUUACCGAAGAUCUUCACUAUGGCUGGCGCAGUUGAGAGCUGGCUGAAUGAACUUACAGAAGCCAUGAGGUUUUGUCUUCGCAAAGAAAUGCACGACUCGAUCGAGACUGCAGCCAAUUGGGACGUGGAGAAACCUCGACACCAGUGGCUCUUUGACUAUCCAGCUCAAGUUGUGCUGAACUCGACGCAGAUCUACUGGACGGAGGAGACGGAGAUGGCUCUGGAAGAGUUUGAGAAUGGCCAGGAAGACUCGGUCAAGAGGUACUUGACGGUAUGCAACCAGCGACUGGAACAGCUUAUUAAUUUGGUGCUAGGGAACUUAUCCAGUCCAGAUCGCUGCAAGAUUAUCGCGUUGAUCACUCUGGAUGUCCACUCCCGUGACGUCGUAAAGAAACUGGUGGACGAGAAGGUGGAAGGCCCUCUCAGCUUCAUGUGGCAGCAACAACUCCGCUUCAUCUGGAGACAAGAGAAUUACGACGUGGAUAUCCGCAUCACGGACUUCCGGUCCAAGUACUCGUACGAAUGGAUCGGCAAUACUGGUCGUCUGGUGAUCACUCCGCUUACUGAUCGCUGUUAUAUUACGCUCACGAUGGCGUUGAGAUUGUUCCUGGGUGGCGCUCCUGCUGGGCCAGCUGGAACUGGCAAGACAGAGACGACAAAAGACUUGGCUCGCGCGAUGGCUCUGUGUUGCUACGUGUUCAACUGCUCCGAUCAAAUGAACUACCAGACGAUGGCUGAUAUCUUCCGUGGGUUGUGUCAGACUGGCACUUGGGGCUGCUUUGACGAGUUCAACCGCAUCAACAUCGAAGUGCUCAGUGUGGUGGCAACACAGGUUAAGUGCAUCCAGGACGCUAUCGUGUUCAACGCUGUCCCUGCCAAUCGAGAGGCCAAGUACCAGUCGUUACCUCCCGGUACUCCACCGGUAGUCGUCGGAGAGUUCGAGUUCAUGGGCGCAUCCGAUCGUAUCACACUGAUCCCAACGUGUGGCUUCUUCAUCACGAUGAAUCCUGGUUACGCUGGUCGUACGGAGUUGCCUGAGAAUCUCAAGGUUCUCUUCCGUUCGUGUGCUAUGAUUCGACCAGACUUGAAGCCUAUCUGCGAGAAUAUGUUGAUGUCUGAAGGUUUCCAACAGGCUCGUACACUGGCGAUCAAGUUCGUGACGCUGUACGAACUGAGCGGCGAGUUGCUGUCCAAGCAAUUCCACUACGAUUGGGGUCUCCGUGCUGUUAAAUCAGUACUCCGUGUCGCUGGUAUUUUGAAGCGUGCAGAGCCUGACGUUGAAGAGGAUAAAGUACUGAUGCGAGCGCUACGAGACUUCAAUACACCGAAGAUCCCCCACCACGACACGCCGAUCUUCCUGCGGCUUAUUAACGAUCUGUUUAUCGGCGUCGAAGUGGCUCCCAAGGUCAAUACGGAGCUGCGAGAGAAGGCGGUGACGGUCUGUAAGGCCAACAACUUGCAGCACGAUGACUCGUUCAUCCUCAAGAUCUGCCAGUUGCAAGAACUGAUUGAUGUGCGUCACUCGGUGAUGCUACUGGGUCCUGCGGGUUGUGCCAAAACGACGACGUGGCAGGCACUGGCCAAGUGCUGGAAUCUCGGAAAGGAAAAGAAGAUCUGCGUGUAUGAGACGCUGAACCCCAAGGCUGUCACCUCUGACGAACUCUAUGGAUACAUGACGUUGUCCAAAGACUGGAAAGAUGGCGUGUUGUCCAUUAUCAUGCGUGGCAUGGCCAAGAACUACUCGGAGCAGGGAUUCUACGAGAGCCAAACGUACAAGUGGGUGGUGCUUGAUGGCGAUAUCGAUGCAGUGUGGAUUGAGUCCAUGAACACCGUCAUGGACGACAACAAAGUGCUCACUCUAGUGUCGAAUGAGCGUAUCCCGCUGAGUAGUGCGAUGCGAAUGGUCUUUGAGAUCAACUCGCUCAAGAACGCCACCCCUGCUACCGUCUCAAGAGCUGGAAUCCUGUUUAUCAACGAGAUUGACAUCGGCUGGCGGCCAUUCAUGGAGUCGUGGGUGGCCAAGCGCGAGGAAGAAGUCGAACGCACUUAUCUGCCUGGACUCUUUGACAAAUACGUGGAUCCAAUCUACGAUCUGAUGCGAAAAGGCUACAAACAGGUCGCUCCUGUGCGUCUGAUCAACCAGGUGUCGACGAUCUGCUACUUGCUCGAAGGAUUACUCGGCAAUAUCCCAGUGGAGAAGAAGAAUCCAGAGGUGAUUGAGUCCAUCUUCGUCUUCUGUGCGACGUGGGCGUUUGGCGGCCCGUUGAUCGUUGACAAGAGCAUUGAUUACCGUAAGAAUUUCCACGAACUGUGGUGCUCAACGUUUACAAACGUUAAAUACCCGAAGGAUGGACUAUGUUUCGACUACUUCUACAACUUAGAGUCGGGAGAAUUCGAGAGUUGGAGUACAAAGGUGCCCAAGUACUCGCCAGGGUCCAUCGGGAAUGGUCCGGCAGACACGCCAUUCAACUCGAUCGUCAUCAGUACCAACGACUCGGUGCGUAUUCGCUUCCUCGUGGAGACUCUGGUGGCUCGGCAGAGACCCGCGAUGCUCGUAGGCGGCAGCGGAACAGGCAAGACGACGAUCCUCAAAAACUUCCUGCGAGAUCUCGACGACGACAUGCUCUUCUCGAACAUCAACAUGAACUACUACACAGACUCGGCCAAGUUACAGCAGCAACUCGAGUCUGUGAUUGACAAACGCUCUGGUCGCAUGUUCGGGCCUCCAGCUACCAAGAAGUUGAUCUACUUUAUCGACGACUUGAAUCUGCCGUACAUUGAGACAUACGGCACGCAAAACUCGCUGGCUCUGCUGCGUCAACACAUGGACUACAAGACGUUCUUCGACCGUGUGGACUUGGGCUUCAGGAAGGAGAUCGUGGACGUGCAGUACUUGUCGGCUAUGAAUCCCACCGCUGGCUCCUUCAUUAUCGACGAGCGAUUGCAGCGACACUAUGCUCUAUUCGCGUGUAUGAUGCCUGGACGAGAAGACCUCAAGACCAUCUACAACUCGAUCUUAAAGGGACACAUGCAGAACGCAGGCUUCGCUCCUCCAGUGGUGGCGGUCUGUGAGAAUAUCGUCAAUGUAUCCAUCCUCCUGCACGAAGAGAUGGUCAACAGAUUCCUCCCGAGUGCCACCAAGUUCGUCUACAACUGGAACAUGCGUGAAUUGUCCAAUAUCUUCCAAGGCCUCACGCGCUCUAAGGGCGAAUUCUUCCCCACAGCCUUCUCGUUCGCUCGUCUGUGGGUCCACGAAGCCACUCGCGUCUUUUGUGACCGUCUUAUCAACGACGAGGAUAUUCUCAAGUUUGGUGAUCGGAUUCGAGAGGUGACUAAGAAGACGCUGCCAGACUUGGACCAAGUAGCGCUGUUUAACGAUCAGCCUCCACCCCCUCCAGGCUCCGAAGACAGCGCUCCUGUGCCAGUAAACAUCUUCACGACUUUCGCGACUCCAGUGGCUGGUGCUGACAGUGUUUACAUGCCUGUGUCGUCCAUGAAAGCUCUCAAUAAGGUGUUGGUGGAGCAGCUGGACGACUAUAAUUCCAAGUAUUCCAUGAUGAACUUGGAACUGUUCGACAACGCUAUGGAGCACGUGACGCGUAUCUGUCGUAUCAUUGGGAACCCAGGAGGCAACGCCAUGCUGAUCGGUGUCGGAGGAAGCGGCAAGCAGUCUCUAUCACGUCUCGCAUCUCACAUCUGCGGCUUCGAUGUGCGUCAACUGUCCGUCACUUCCAACUUCCGUAUCGAAGACUUGAAGGAGAGUCUGGCUGAGAUGUUCAAGAUCGCAGGUGUGCAGGGCCUUCCCUUGGUUUUCCUCAUCACGGACUCUCAGAUCGUCAACGAGCGGUUCCUCGUCUACAUCAACGACAUGUUGUCGUCCGGUUGGAUCCCUGAUCUCUUCCCUAAAGAAGACCUCGACGGACUGUUGGGCUCUCUACGUAGUGAAGCCAAGGCUAACGGAAUCCCCGACGCGAUGGAUGCACUCAUGGACUUUUUACUGCUGCGCAUUCGUCUCAACUUCCGCGUGGUCAUGUGUUUCUCCCCUGUCGGCGCUGUUUUCCGUGUUCGAGCUCGUCGUUUCCCGGGUCUAGUGAACUGUACAGUAAUCGAUUGGUUCCAUCCGUGGCCUCGCGAUGCUUUGGUGCGUGUGGCGUCCAGUUUUCUCGAGAAAUUCGAGGAUAUUGGGGAUAUUUCGCUGCAAAGGAACUUGGCAAACCACAUGGCUGAUGUCCACAUUUCCGUGACUGAGAUGAGCAAAAACUACUUCGAAACGCAGAGACGCUACAACUACGUGACGCCCAAGAGCUUCCUGGAGCUUAUCAGCUUCUACGAGAUCCUGCUCAAGCAGCGGAAGGAGGAUAUUCAACGUCAGAUCUCUCGUCUGGAUGACGGACUCUCGACUCUGCGUAAGACCUCGGCGGAUGUGGCGGAACUGCAAGUGGAUCUGAAGCACACGAUGGUCAAAGUGGCCGAGAAACAGGCCUCAACGGAUCAAUUACUGGAGCAAAUGGGACGAGAGAAAGCGGGAGCGGAAGUGCAGCAGGAGAACGCCAACAAGGAGAAGCUCAAGGCAGAAGCGGCCAGUGCAGCAGCCGCAGAGCUUGCAGCUGAGGCAGAGAAGGAGCUGAGUCAAGCCAAACCUGCCAUGGAUGCCGCCGCUGCCGCUGUGGAUUGUCUGUCCAAACCUGCCAUCACAGAGCUUAAGAGUCUGCCCAAGCCUCCAGCAGGAGUGGAUAAUGUCACCAAGGCGUGUCUGAUCUUGGUGGAGAAAGAGUACAAGAACCACAAAUGGGAUCGCGCCAAGAAGAUGAUGAACAACGCAGGAGCGUUCCUGGAUGCGCUCAAAGAUUUCAAGGGCGAAGACAUCCCGGAAGCGGAUAUCGCGCGUAUCGAGCCGUUGAUCGCCGAUCCAGAGUUCACAGCCGAGAAGAUGGCGUCCAAGAGUUCGGCUGCUGCGAAUAUCUGCUCGUGGGUGGUCAAUAUCUACACGUUUAACCGCAUUUACGUGCGUGUGAAGCCUCUGAUGGACUCGCUUGAAGCUUCCAAGAAGAAGAAAGAAGAGGCUGAAGAGCAAUUGGCUCGUGCCAUGGGUCAAGUAGCUGAAGUGCAGAAGCGACUGGAAGCUCUGGAGAAUACGCUAUGUCAGGCUACAGAGGAGAAACUCAAGGUGGAGGAGAUGAAAGAAUCGUGCGAGAACAGACUUUUAUUGGCUGGGAAACUGGUGAACGGACUGGCGAGCGAGAAUGAACGUUGGGGCAUCGAGAUCGAGCAACUCAAAAACUCCGGAGUGAUGGUUGUGGGCAACUCCCUCUUAGCUGCUGCCUUUGUGUCUUAUAUAGGCGCAUUCGACCAAGCUGUGCGUAAAGAAUUGUGGCAACAGACGUGGUUCCCUGACCUGGUAGCCAAAGGAAUCCCCAUCACUGAGGGUAUUGAUCCCUUGUCCAUGCUGACGACGGAAGGGAAGAACGCCAAGAUGAUGAGUGAAGGUCUUCCAGCCGAUCGGAUUUCCAUUGAGAAUGGUGCAAUCAUUACGAGCUGCAAACGUUGGCCACUGGUGAUUGACCCGCAGUUGCAAGGCAUCAAGUGGCUUCGUGAGAAGGAGAAAGAUCGAGGUCUUGUUGUCUUGCAGCUGAGUCAGAAUCAAUGGCUACGGAAGACUGAAACUGCGAUCGUCAAUGGCCACGUGCUGAUCAUCGAGAACAUCGGAGAAGAGAUCGACGCCACACUUGACCCAGUGCUUGGACGUGCAGUGUACAAGAAAGGAUCCAAUCUCUUCUUGAAGUUAGCCGGUGAAGAAGUGCAAUAUGACCCGAAUUUCUUCAUGUAUCUCCAGACCAAACUGUCGAAUCCUCACUACAAGCCAGAGAUUGCUGCACAGUGUACGUUGAUCAACUUUAUCGCCACUGAGAGCGGUCUAGAAGAUCAGUUAUUGGAGAAGGUGGUCAAGAAGGAGCAGCCAGAACUCGAAGCGCAGAAACAGGAACUCGUACUGGCCUUCCAGAAGUUCAAGAUCGACCUGGUGGAGCUGGAAGAUCAGCUGUUGGAGCGCCUAGCCAACGCACCCGACGAUAUUCUGAGUGACGUGCCUCUGAUCGAGAGUCUGGAGGAGACGAAGAAGAAGGCGACGGAUAUCUCCAUCUCAGUCAAGAAGAACCAGGAGACGGAGAUCGUCAUCAACAACACGCGAGAACUCUAUCGUCCUGUAGCAGCAGAAGGAGCAAUGCUGUACUUCUUGCUUACGACACUCAGCGCUAUUGACCACAUGUAUCGCUACAGUCUGGACUCAUUCAUCACGUUCUUCUACAACUCCAUCGAUCGAGCGCCACAGAGCGACAAGCAGAGCGACAGAGUACUGAAUUUACGCGAGUCGUUGCGAAUCACCAUCUUCACGUGGGUCUCGCGGGGCCUCUUUGAGGCGCACAAGCUCAUUUUCCUCUCUCAACUCACAUUUAACCUCAUGCGUCGUGGCAUUCUGGGCGAGGACGUGCGAGUGCAAGAAGCCUACAUGCAGUUCCUACUGCGAGGACCCAAAAAAGCAGCAGGUGGUGGAGGCGAAGAAGAAGCGAACCCCAUUGACUGGCUGCCUCCAGCUCAAUGGACAGCGAUCAACAUGUUGGCGCAGCUCGAGGAGUUCCAGAAGAUGCCGCAAGAUCUCAAGGAGGCGUCGUCGCGCUUCCGUGAAUGGUACAACCACGUGACUCCAGAGUCCGAGAAGCUUCCUCUGGACUGGGCUGGGCUGGAUCGUACGCCGUUCCUCAAGCUUCUGGUGGUGCGUUGUCUGCGUCCGGAUCGUAUGACGGUGGCAGUGAACGAGUUUGUGCGUCAAGUUCUACCCAACGGAAGCAACUACUGCGACUGCGACUCGGCUCUCAACGCGUUGCAGGUGAUGGAUAACUCGUACUUGGACUCGACACCUACGACGCCAUUGUACUUCAUCUUGUCUCCAGGUGCCGAUGUGGUGGCUGGUGUCGACAAGCUCAGCGUCAAGUACGGCUUCGAACGAGGUGUGAGUUACCAUAAUGUGUCGAUGGGACAAGGCCAAGACGUCUACGCCAUGGACCGACUGGAGGUUGCACACCGUAAUGGCCAUUGGGUCAUCCUCAACAACAUCCACUUGAUGCCUCGUUGGUUGUUGGCACUGGAGAAGAAACUGGAUGAGUUCGCAUUGGAAGGUUCACACAAGAACUUCCGCUUGUUCCUGACUUCCGACCCGUCUAACUCGAUCCCCAUUGGAGUACUCAACCGCUGUAUUAAACUGACGAAUGAGCCUCCGUCUGGACUCAAGGCAAACUUGAAGCGAGCGUUUGUGAGUUUCCCCAAGGAAUACAUCGAGGAAGCAGAAGGUAAGGUCAAGUCCAUUCUCUUUGGACUCUGCCACUUUCACGCUGUGCUAAUGGAACGCAAGAUGUACGGGCCUCUGGGAUUCAACAUGAUGUAUCCAUUCUCGCUCGGUGAUCUACGAGACUCGGCGAUCUGUUUGCAGAAUUAUCUCGAGAGCUCGGCAGGCGGUAAGAUUCCAUGGGCCGAUCUGCGCUAUAUCUUCGGUGAGAUCAUGUACGGUGGACACAUCGUCAACGACUUCGAUCGACUGCUGGCUAACACGUACCUGGACUUCUACAUGCGCGAUGAAUUACUGGACGAGAUGGAAAUGUUCCCGUUUGUAGGAGACGAGAAAGGUCCGUCCUUCAUGUGUCUCGCUCCGUCAUCGUACGACAAGUACUUGGAGCAUAUUGAGACGGAGCUCAAGACAGACUCACCCCUGGCCUUUGGCCUACAUCCGAACGCUGAGAUCGAUUUCCGUACGACGCAGUCCGAGAAUUUAUUCCGUACUUUAAUGGAGUUGCAGCCUCGAGAUGCUGCAGCUGGAGACGCGGCGAUGAGUCCGUUGGAGUUGGCGAAACAAGGUCUGGAGAUGGUCUUGUCUCGCGUCGGUGAGAAGAAGUUCGAGACGGAUGAGAUUGCGCGUAACUUGGAAGAGAUGGGGCCGUACCAGAACGUCUUCAUACAAGAAUGUGAAGCCAUGAACGGACUGCUUGCUGAGGUGGUGCGAUCACUGAACGAGUUGUCGCUGGGCUUUGCGGGUGAACUGACCAUGUCGGACGCUAUGGAGGCUGUACAGGAGUCUUUGUUCCUGGAUCGAGUGCCCAAGUCGUGGGAGAAACUCGCUUUCCCGUCCAUGCGUCCGCUUGGCUCGUGGCUCACAAACCUCGAAGCUCGACUACAACAACUCGAGGAAUGGACUCAGAACCCAGCGGAUAUCCCUCGUGUCACGUGGCUGUCGGGUAUGAUCAACCCGCAGUCGUUCCUGACUGCCAUCAUGCAGGUCACAGCUCAGAAGAAUCAGUGGGAACUGGACAAACUCGUGAUUCAGACGGAUGUUCUUAAGCGCCGCAAUGGCGAAGUGGACGCGCCGUCUCGUGAUGGCGCUUAUAUCCACGGUCUCUACCUCAUGGGAGCACGUUGGGAUAUCCAGAAUAACACGGUGGAUCGCUCACACCCCAAAGAAAUGUUUUCACCUAUGCCUGUUAUUAACUGCAAGGCUGUAGCAGCCGAUAAGCUUGACGUCAAAGGAUCGUACGUGUGCCCGUGCUACAAAACUGAAUUCCGUGGACCCACCUACGUCUUCUCGGCGCAGCUCAAGUCCAAGUCGCCGCCAGCGCGUUGGGUUCUCGCAGGUGUCGCCCUCAUCAUGGAUAUCGUGUAG